GGAGGAACGCAGGGCGGGCCCUAGAGUGGUCCAGCCAGCCCAGCUUUCGGGUGCGGAGGCUAGGGAUCUGCGGGGGCAGAUGGGGGAGGCGGGAGGCGAGGCGGCGAAUGCUGAGGCAGCGAAAGCGCAGUGUGGAAGUGCUGCGCGCGCCCUGUGCCGCAGUGACUCUCUGCCACUCUGUCACCCGGGCUGACCCCGUGCCCGCUGGAGAGGCCUCCAACACCCCCGCCUUUCUCCCGAGGGGCGGAGGUCGAGCGCAACGGCGACGCAGCGAGUGGGGUGUGAAGGGGGAGAGGGGCUGCCAUGUCCUUGCUCCAGAAAUUCGGUUUCAUUGGCGGUUUUCUGCCCUUCCGCGCGCCUGCAGCUCCCCCACGCGGCCCCGCAACCAGGCGGAUAACCCUGCCCCCGGCCGCCCCGGGUUUGCAGCCCCUAUGACGUCACGCUCAGCAGCCAAUGGCGGGCGCGGGGGUGCGGCGAGUUCCGGGCCGCACAAUGGCCGCACGCGGGGACAUAUGUCCCCAAUUAGGGCCCGGUGCCGCCAUUGUCCCCUCACCCGCCCUCUCCCAGCAAUUCGGAUCUCCAAGCUAGGCGCGCGCCCCCACGCGGCCCGCUGUCUCUGGGGACCAAGGUCGCAGGGACGGCUCCCGGGAGUGUCGCGGCGCGUCCGAACGAGCAGCGCGCGCCAGGCGGGGGCGCGCGCUCACCCAUCACUGCACGCGGUGACCUUGUGCGGGGCGGCACGGCGUGCCCGCGGACACCGGCCGGGAGCGCGCGGCGGGAGGGCCACGCGGGGCGGGGGGGACGCCUUCGGGGGCGUGCCUGGAGUGCUGAGCUCAGCGCCCUGGAGCCUGCCGGGCUCCCGGUUUCCUCCCGCAUCUCAGCCCAGGAGCCCAGCGAGGGUGACUGAGCGAGCCGGCCCGGCCCUGGGGCGCGGCGGAGACCACAGGCCCGCUUUGUGGCAGCGCUGGGGUAUUCAUCUUGCGUGGCAGUUGCUCCCGAGGGGCGGGGGCAGGGCUCGGCCUCCCCCUUAUCGCAGAGCCGCAGCCGGCAGGGCCCGCAGUGGGGGCGGGGACAGGGAUCCCCUUGGCCGAGCCGCUUGUCCCUGCCCCCUCCCAAGGGGGCCAGGCAAAGGCGCAGCCGGAGGCCCGGGGCCAAUUAGCAUUUUGAUUGCGGGACUGGGGGCCCAUCUGGACCCAGGCCUAAUUACCAGGCGAACCCUCGGGGCGCCAGCGGGACGUGCCAGGCGCAGUCCCUUCACCCCUUCACCGCCUCCUCCCAGACGAUCCGCCCAGUGCUGCGGACCCACCGCAUCCCUGUCCCCCUCCGUUAGUCCCAGUCGCCCAGUCUCUAGGUCGGUGUACUUUUGUUCCUCCGGCCCUUCCCUCAUCCUUCCACCCUCCUGCCCCAUUCUUUGUCCCUCCCUCCGCACCUUUCUUCACUCUCAUUCCUCCACCCCCUUCACUUUUCCCUCCUGUCUCUGUUCCUUCAUCCGUGGGUUCCUCUGUUCCUGCUCGAGGUCCCCAUCCCUGCGGCCCCCAACCCUCUUGAUGGACAGGCCAUCAGAGCACCAACACAUGUGUCCCUCGGCCGCAGCUCUCCAGGGGAUCAUUCAGGCCGACCUUGCCCUGGCUUGCUGGGGUAGAGCCUGCAGUCCCUGCCCCUGUCCCCUGGGAGGGGCAGCUGGGCCCAGGCCUUGGCCAUCAGUCCGAAGCGCCCAGGGUUCGGAGUGCACAUGAGGCCCAGGAGCAAUUACUUGGUCCUCUUCACUCCACCUCCUUUGCAGCAUCCCUGCCACCACCCUGAUAUCUGAGGUCACUGUGCGCCCCCCCCCCGCCCCCGUGUUGUGUGGUCCAGCUAGGAGAGGCUUGGGAAAGACAGUUGGAAAUACCCAUGUUUUUUUCAGCCCUCCUCCACCUGAGGCCACCCUGAGUCUCUCCCACUGAGAACUGGAGGUGUCAGGGGCUUUGUGGCAAGAGAGGAGGCUGGGGUCCCAAGGCAAGACCACUUUGGCCCCCGACAGACCUAGGAGUUUGCAGGGUGCUCCCAUACUCCAGGCCAUUGCAUGGACCGCCCCCCAUAGAGCCUCGGGGUCUCUGUUCCCCUUGUCCUGGCUCACAUUGCAGCAGCUGGGCCCAGCCCAGGUCGGAUAGGAAGGAUUUGGCGAUUGUUCUGUGUUCCUCUGCCUCCCUCUGCGUCAGGGAUGUGCUGCCUCCAGGCCCAGCAGGUCCCAUGUUACUGAAAAGCCGAACUUUAAGGGGGAGACUUCCAGUGGCUUUUUUUUUUUUUUUUUUUUUUUUUUUGUCUUUUUGCCAUUUCUUGGGCCGCUCCCUCAGCAUAGGCAUAUGGAGGUUCCCAGGCUAGGGGUUGAAUUGGAGCUGUAGCCGCCAGCCUACACCAGAGCCACAGCAACACAGGAUCCGAGCCGUGUCUGCAACCUACACCACAGCUCACGGCAACGCCGGAUCGUCAACCCACUGAGCAAGGGCAGGGACCGAACCUGCAACCUCAUGGGUCCUAGUCGGAUUCUUUAACCACUGCGCCAUGACGGGAACUCCGACUUCCAGUGUUUUAACCUCAGCACUUUGCCCCCAGCAGGUCCAGGAGUCCUGAGUGUGCCCACCCUGGCCCUACCCUCUGUUCCAGUUGGUGUAUCUGGAGCAAUUUCCGCCUUCACCCCACUCAUCUUUAUUGAACAUCUGCCUGUGCUCUGAAGAGCGCGUUUGGGGGCAGGGCCAGCAGACACUGGCCUCUGUGCUCAUGGAGCCCACGGCCCAGCCCAGGACAGAGAUGCUAAGCAGAAAGGUGAGUAGACCGGUGAAAGCUUGGAUGAUGAGGGCAAGGGGUAAAGGACCUUGGGGAAGACAAGCCGUGGAAGCUACUGAAACCGAACUGUCCUGGGGAAGACAACCCAUGCAGAGGCCCUGUGGUCCCAGUAGGGGGUAUGCGGGCAGAAAUCCUAGGCCACAGAAGGGCAAGUGCAUGAGGGGGGGCUGUCAGAAGUUGAAGCAGGAGAGGAAGCGGGCAAAGGCUAGCCUGAGAGAUGGUUGUGGUCCUUGAUGUCUACUCCAGAGAUGCUGUGAUUGGCUGUCUUUGAGAAGAAGCAGCGAGGCCAGUGGGGAUAAGCAGAAAGCUUGAGUUUAUCCAGCUUUGGGCUUUGGCUGGGUGAGCUACCAAGAGGCAUCUGAGUCAUGGUGUACAAGGGUGGUAGCAUUGCCUGGGGAAUUGGACCCGGGGAGGAGGGUGAGGACGGCAUCGUGGGGGCGCUAUGCUGGGUCAGGAGUGCUCGAGCCAGGAGGGGGCUGAUGGUCAGAGAGACCGGUGUUGAACUGAAACGUGGGGGCCCCUGGAAGUGACAGGGUCGAGGGUAUCAUUGAGGUGGAAGACAAGGGGGCCACUGACAGGAGGAAGAGGCCAACACUGAGGGGCUGAGAGCUGAGAGGUGGGCCUCAAGAAUCCUGAGACCACCAGGCAUUCACACAUGACAGCGAUGGGGCGUGAUGCCCACAGCAAGGGCUGGGGUGGGUGGUCAGUGCAGCAGGAAUGGGAAAGGGGCUGCAGACGGUGGCGAGGCCCAGGGCGAGGCAGAGAGAAAAGGCAGCCCCAGGAAGGCUGGCAGGAAGGGAGCCCGCUGUGGGGGCCUGCUGAGUGACAGGGCUGAGGAACCUGGGGGCAUGGCUGGUGCCCAGAUCCAGGGGAGGGUUUCAGGAUCGGGGGGGAGCUUUGCUCCCAAACAUGUGGUGUGUGCUGGGAGGGGCUCAUGCCGACGGGGGCUCGAGGCAGACCGGUCCCUGCUGGGAUGGGAGUGAUAGAUCUACAGUGGAGGCUUGAUGCACCUGAAAAUGUCCGCUCGAAAAGACCCAGAAAAACAAAGGGCAGAUAUCAAAGCAGUAGAAAAUACUUGCAGUAAGUACGCCAAUGGCUAAUAUUCUGCUAGUGAAACAACUGAUAUCAAGUGAACUUGGCACUGAACAGAGACGCCGAUCCCCCGAAGGGUUAACAGGAAAUUUACUACACAAGAGAGAAGGCUUCACCAGGAGAGACAUGCAAAUUAAACAACAAAAAUACAAAUUUAGAGGAUUGGGGGGCUUUUCUUUUUUUAGGGCUACACCUGUGGCAUAUGGAAGUUUCCAGGCUAGGGGUCGAAUCAGAGCUGCAGCUGCCAGCCUACACCACAGCCACAGAAAUGCAGGAUCCUUAACCCACUGAGUGAGGCCAGGGGUUGAACCUGCAUCCUCAUGUGUAGUAGUCAGCUUCAUUUUUGCUGAGCCACAGCGAGAACGCCUUUAAUUUAUUUUUUAUUUUUUAAAAAUUUUUCUGGGGGGAGCUUUAAAGGAGGCAGCAGAGUGGGAACAGGAAGAGUGAGAGAGUGAGCUCUCCAGGUGGAGGAGGAAGAAGAGGGGCAGGCGGUGAGCCGAGGAUGGCACCUGGGCCACCAAGCGGGAGGCUCCACCAGCAGGCAUCGGGCUGCCAUCCUGCCUGAGCUGCACAGAAGCUUGGCCGGCCGUCUGGCAGCCCGAAGUUCCUAGCGCAACGUGGAUUUCCUGACCUGUGGAGCUCACACUUUCACUCAGCAUUGGCUCUGGAACAUUCACACCUGCACGGCCUGGAGCCUGCUCCCUUCCCAGAGGGAGGGGUCCACGGGGUCCACGAGCUGUGUCCUCUGCUGCCCCUGAACUGUCUCACUCCCUCGGGGACCAGGCCGCCGAGGACCACACUUCCCACCGGACAGCAGGUCACUCUUCUGAAUUCUAGGAGGCCUCCCUCCCAUCCCCCAUCGCCACUUCUGGGGUUUUCUUUGUGGUGCGCACAUGACGCAUCGCCCCCGCGUCCUUCCAGGAAGGACUUUGGCCCAGUUCUUGAAGUGGACACCUCCAGCUGUCAGAGGGCCCAGCCAUGGCCCCUGGCCCCGCGUCCUGGCCUUUGAGUGGUGGCCUGCCUCCCAAGGCUGAUGGAUGCGAGAGCAAGGGGCCUGCCAUUUGGGCCUCACACGGACGCCUCUGGUGAGCCAUUCUGACCGCGCAGCUCUCGCCGUGUGCUGAGCUGGCCUUGGCACCCUGCUUCCUCUCUUUCCUCCACGGGGCCGUCAAGACACCUUGUCUACCACUGCCUCCGAGUCGCCGUCUUGGAGACCCCAGCCCAGGAGCUUUAGUCGGGAACUGUCUGACGGGCUUGGGCAGGCUCGCUCACUGCCUGGCCGGCACUGCCUGAGCGUGGGGCACUGCUGCACGUGGGGCACAGACAGGCCCGGGCAUGAGGCUGGGGUCCCGGGGGGAAGACAUUCAUCGGUGGUGAGCAGGGAUCCCACAGGAUGGGGACGCACCGACGGGCCCGCUGGACCAGGUGUUCGGAAUGCGAGGGAGCCACUGUCACGGCAGAGCUGAUGGGCGGGUGUGGCUCAGCUCUGUUGAAAGGCCGAAGAAAGGACGGUGGGCGCCUGGGAGCUGUUAUCCAGCCACUGGAGGCCACGGCCCUUGGGCCGCAAAUACUGGGGGAGGCCCCGCCUCUGCAGCCGAGCGCAGAAAGCAGCGAGGGUCAGGACAUGGACGUGACCGUCAGCGGGGCCGAGCUCCAAAGGAGCGUCGGCGGAUGUCCGCCUCCAGCACAGAGGCAGUUACAGGAACGCGAGUUACCAGCCUAUCGAAACAGCUCAAGCACUGGAGGAAAUCAGCAAGCAGUGGCUCUCAAGACACUGCACGUCAGUCGAUGACGGACAGUGACAUCUGAGAGUGACAAGCAAGGGCCGCACCCACAGAGGUUCCCAGGCUAGACCUCUAAUCGGAGCUACAGCUGCUGGCCUACCCCACAGCCACAGCAACGAGAGAUCCGAGCUGCGUCUGCGACCUACACCACAGCUCCACGGUAACGCCGGAUCCUUAACCCACUGAGCAAGGCCGGGGAUCGAACCUGCAUCCUCAUGGAUGGUAGUCAGAUUCGUUAACUGCUGAGCCACGAAGGGAACUCUGACAUAGUUUUAAAGGCGUCGGAUCGGCUUGGAUGAAGAGACAAAUGUGAAGCAGGUCAAGAACACGGGCCCUGGAGGUCCCGUCGAGGCGCCGCGGAAACAGGCCGACUAGGAACCAGGAGGCUGCGCUUAACCUGCUGCACCACCAGGGAGGUCCUUUUAUUUCUCCGGAUCAGGUGGAUCUGUUAUGUUUCCUAGUCUGGGAGAAGCGGUUUUUGUAGCAGACCCCCCAUGCAACGCAGCAGCACCCUCCCUCUGGUCACCAGAGCUGUAUGCUCCAGCGUGCCCUCUGUGUGGGCUGCCAGGGUCCUUCUGCGCUGCCAGGGCCUGCCACUGUGGGCGCGCGGGUAGCGGGCUGGCCCCUGGCCGGUUGGGCUUUUGCAGACCUGGAUCACGCAGAGGGUCGCCCCCUGGGCGGGGUCUUGACUCUGGUCUCCGCCCCUCCUGCCCAUCUGGUGUGGCUCCCUCUUCCUCACUUUCGCUUUCGUUGGGAAGAGCCUUUCUGCUGCUCAUUCCCUGUAAAUAGCUGCAAUGUUGGUCCCUGUGGGAGGAGGUGGGCUCAGGGUCCCCCUGCUCCACCCCCUUGGCCUACACAUAACAAUGUGGCCUUGGCCAGGAAUUAGUCGCCAGACCACCUGGCUCUCUGGACCAGGGUCUGGAAAAUGCAGUCUUUAUUGGGUGGGUUUAUAUGCCAGCUAAACAUGGGGGGGGGGCCUUUUCUGAGGAACAAAUGGAAGAUGGGCAGGGGGGCGUGCUCCCCAUUCUGACGGUGUCCCCAGUCGUCUUCUCUGCUGCCAGCCAAGACUGUUUUUCUUGCAAAUGUCCCUUGUCACCUGCUUCAUAAUAAAUAGCUCUCUGUGAGGCUAUUCCCACCUGCACAGUAAUAUGCA